UGCUGGCCUCGCUCAUCACCUGGACAACGGAUGAACAUGUUAAUUGCUCUACUAACUAGCAAUUUUUUAGUGUGAAAAAAUAACAAGAAGGUGUGAAUACAAAGUGCCCAAUUCCAACAAAUGUCCCGCCAGCAAAAGUGCUGUUGUGGAUUUCCCUCUCUUCCAGGAGUGAACAGAUUGUUCUGCAUAGUCUCAGCCGUCCACUGUGAAUAUUAAGCGAGAAGAGUUCUGACCUCUUUCAGUGAGACAUUGUGAUGGAAUGAUAACAAAUCUGACUGACUCCUCGCCGCUGUGUUUUUAAAUAUUUAUUUUCCAAUUCUGCCUCUCAACCACUACAACUCCUUUACCCUUUCACCAUCUGUCUCCUUGUUUUCAUCUAUUCUCUCCAUCUCACUCUCCUCUGUCCCAUUGGACUGUGAUUGUCACCAUGAAGCUACUUCUGUCUUCAGGCCUGUGUGGCAUGACCCCUUACCAGGGCUCCAUAGUAGGAGGACUCUAUUUUUUGAUGGUGGGCGUCAUGCAAAUGGUCUUUGAGUUUGGCCAUCUGCGCACAGCCAAGGAGAGCACAAACAACAUCACAGGCUCCCAGCUUCUGCCCCAGGUGUGCUUCGGUUACUACUACUCUCUGCUUAUCCUGGGUGGCAUCACCCUACUGCUGACCCUGUGCAUGCUCGGAGCAGUUUGGGCCCACCAGCAUGUGGGCAUCCUGGGCUUUGCGGUCUGGCUGACGCUGUACGACGUGAUUCUGUUGGUGGUCACUUGCCUGCUCCAGAGGCAGAUGCAGGCACUGGGUUUGGAUCUGAGUGUACUGGAGUGGUACGGCGUGAUAUGCAGGGUCAUGGGAGACCCCUUCUGGCUAGCCCUCGUAAUUACACACGGUUUGGAAGUGCAGAUUGAGAGGCAUCGGCUUGGGACACGACAACGCAAAGGCGGGAUUCCAAAGGAGGGGACGCAACUCAAACUGAAAUUUAAGGCCUUUGACAGUAGUGUUUGAAAUGGAGACCCUAAUAGACACCGGUCUCUUCAGAUACGAAAAUAAAAACAUUUUUGGAUUUUUACUUACACGCAGAAAGUAUAAUAUGAGUAUUUUUAACAUUGUUUUUUUUUGUUUUAUUUUGAUGUUCUCUGUCUUACGUAUGUAUCCUCCAAAUCUAAAA